AUGGCUCUCAGCUUCUUUAGUGGUGGCGGAAGCGCAAGCAACGCCAAGUACUUUGACAUUCGAUUGAACGAUGACUACAUCGUAUUUCGCGGCAACGAACAUGAGGCUGCCAGCGCCCACCUGAAGGGGACCCUGGUACUCUGCCUGUCAGAGCCCCUCGCCAUCAAGCACAUUCGCCUACAGCUGACAGGCAUGUCGCGCGUCUGCUGGCAGCUUCCAUCCAGUUCAGCCGGCGGUGGCCGCAAAUCGUGGCGCGAACGAGUAUUUUACGACAAGACCUGGCGAUUCCGAGACGCCGGCAAAGGCAAGACGGAGGUCUUGGCUGCUGGCAACUAUGAAUAUCCCUUCGACGUCGUUCUGGAGGGCUCCAUGCCCGAGAGUGUGGAGGGUCUGUCCGAGACCUGGGUGAUGUACAGAUUCAAGGCCGAGAUCGGACGCAAGUACGCCAAGGACAUUGUCGCUCGGAAGCCUCUGCGGAUCAUUCGAACCCUUGACCCCAGCGCGCUGGAGCUGUCGCAUGCGAUGUCGGUGGACAACAUCUGGCCGAACAAGAUCGAAUACUCCAUCAGCACACCGAGCAAGGCGGUCAUGUUCGGUACCGCGAUUCGCGUUGAUUUCAAAUUGAUUCCCCUCCUCAAGGGUCUGCGCAUCGGACAAACUACGUCGCAGCUGAUGGAAAGCCACGAUUUGACUCUCAACCCGGAAGAUGCCGACUCCGUUCGGAAUACCUACAAGACUACCCGUACGAUCUUGACCGACGAGCACGAAGUUGAUGAAAACAAUAUCGAGAUUCUCGACGAGGCGGCCGAGGGAUAUCAGUUCACACGCUAUCUCGACAUGCCGCAAACCCUGACCCGGUGCCUGCAGGAUACGGACACCAAGGGCAUUAAAAUCCGCCACAAAUUGAAGUUCCGCAUUCAACUCCAUAACCCCGACGGCCACAUUAGUGAGCUCCGCGCGACGCUUCCGGUCUCGAUCUUCAUCUCCCCGAACAUUGCCAUUGACGAGAACAAUAAUCUCCGCGAGCAGACGCAGCAGUCAACUCGUCAGGCUGCCGAUGAGUUUGCCGCCCACCAGGCGCCUCCUCUAUACGGCGAGCACACAUUCGAUCAGCUGUACAGUGAGGUCGACCCCAAUGGUUACCGCACCCCGGGCCCGGGCAGCGGCGGUCCAGGCACCCCCUUUGGUGCACUCAGCCGCAAUAUCUCGGCAGAGAACCUCGCUUCGAUGAAUGCUUUGACGAACACCGACAUCUCCGCCUCCGCGUUGCACAGCCGUCUUACCAACCUCACCGCAAAUUCCGUAUUUCACCCAGCCACGCCUAAUGAGCCAACCCAGGACUCUCCCUCGGAAAGCCACACCAACUCGCGUGGCUUGAACGUCCACUUCGGCGAUUACUUCGGCCCAUCAUCCGGCUCGAAUUCACAUAGCCCCAGCAGCCCGGCGCUGUCCCGCAGACCUUCUGAUGACGGAGACCACGAUCCGAUCUCAUCGGGCGCGGCAACUCCCUACCAUCCUCAGUAUGCCGAAGUCGAGACUCUGAGUCGAGUCCCCAGUUACUCGACCGCUGUGCGCGCGGCCGUGGGUCCUUGUGACUCGGGUCUUCCCGACUACAACGCAGUGAUUGCGAGCGACAUGCCUUCGCCGCCGGUGCUCCAAUCGCCGCAACAGGCUCACCUCCGGAGUGGCCGAAACAGCGGCCGAACUAGCGGAGUCUCCACUCCUUUCGAGGUGCAUAAUCGUCCCGGAUACCUGCACCCUGGCAUCAAUGCUGACGACACGGAACACAGGCUACGACUAGUGCAAGCGCGCGCUAGAGCGUGA